CGGCGGCAGCUCGUGAGGCAUGUCUUCUCCCGCCUCCGCGUGCGCUGUUUGGCCAGAGAGCAGUGGAGAGGAGAGGAGACGAGAUGAACCGGCCGCCAUCUUCCGCGCGCUUCUCCGUCUAACGAUGAUUCACAGAAUAUUCCGAAAUCGGUCAUCUCUAGCACCUUAAUCCUGCUUAUAACGGAUCUCACACUCGAGGCGGAGGAAUACCGUUCGCGUUUUUUUUUUUUUGUUGUUUCGUUAGUGUGUAUUUGUGGACGACGGUUUUUUUUUCUGCAGCAGCAGCAGAAGCUUCGCCCAUUUCGUGAUCACGGAAACCGAAGACCGAGUGGCGAGAGAGAGAAAGGGCGCGCGUGAAUGAGAAGCAGAGGACUUGCACGGGAUCCCAACGCACGCGCGAUCAGGGAAUGCGUGUUUAUUUAUUUGUUGUUUUUUCUUUCUUUAAAGCGCACGAUUUAAACCGCUGAAAUUCCCUCGCGCCCGUCACGUGGCUCUGUAGUUGGGCUGGCGUUGACGAGUGCAUAAGCAGGUUGCUGUGCCCUUACUGCGGCCCUGCAUGGCUGCGAUGGCGCCCGCUCUGACCGACGCCCCGGCCGAAGCCCGCCAUAUCCGCCUCAAACUGGCUGCAGAGAGCAACGGCAACUCUACAAACCUUCUCCUGUCCUCGUCGAUCUCCUCAUCUGACACAGCAGGCGCUAACGGCAAACCUCACCACGAGGACAACUGUUGUCACUGCUGCAACGGCAAGGAGCCGCUGUCAGAGCCACUGAGUCUGGGCAAAUUGCAGCCACUGGUGGCUUCCUAUUUGUGCUCUCAUGUUGGUCCUGUAGCCGAAGAGAGUGUCCUGAUCAAGCCGUCGGUGCUGAAGAAGCGAGGCCUGCUGAACGGAGAUCUCCUUCUACGUACACAGCUGAGCGGCGGCCAGCCAAAGAGCUUUGUCAACGGAGGAGGAUCAGGAACUGGAACAGGAGGCGGAAGCGCGAUGGUCCCGGUCAACGGACUGGCCAAGAAAGCUGCCGUGCCCAGCACAGCACUGCCUGAGAAAGGCAGCGUGGCCCCAUUAAACGGAGACAACGCCAAGCCUCCCACUGGGGCCGGAGCCUUGUUACCGCUAUCGUCCAAGUCCGGGGAUGUGAUAGCAACAAUAUCUGUACCAAGGGCAGAUUCCAAGCACUUGAGAGAGCUGGGAGAUCUGCAUAGCAGAGCACCAGAAGACACAGGUGUCAACGGCUCAUCAGAGAAUCCACAGAUCAAAUCUGAAACGCCCGCUAUUGACCGGUCCCACGUUGGCCGGACUGGAGCACUUUCUGAGACGAAUAACAACAGCAGCACCCCGCUCGACGCCCCUCAGAGUUCAGCUUUGUGCCAGCGUAGCUGUUCCCCCUCUUCCCCUUCUUCUGGCAUAGGGGCACUUGUACUUCGCGAGCGGGCGCAGCAGACCCAGCGCAGACAGGCUGAUGUCUCGGCACGGCUGCAGCGCCUCUGCAAGAGACUUCAGGUGGUUCAGGCCAAGCAGGUUGAGCGUCAUGUCAAACAGCAGCUCACAGGCUUCUUGCACCACACCCUGUCCCAAUUCUCCAGCUUCAGACGGGACUCCAUUGCACAGCUCCUCAAGGACGGCUCUUUACCCCCGGAGCUGGAGAAAUUGCACCUAAGUGGCACCACCAGCUUGCGUGUGGCGGAGGCACAGUUUGACUCGGAUGCCACCGAGAGCAGCUCGGGUGGCGAAAGCGACAUAGAGGAAGAGGAACUCGCCAGAGUGGAUACUGAACAGCGGCAUGUCAAACUGUGGAGAAGAGCAGAAGGCCGCUUCGCCCUGGAAAGAGCCUCCAUCAUAAGCCGCUGGACAUGGCUACAGGCGCACAUCUCCGACCUGGAGUACCGCAUCCGGCAGCACACGGAUAUCUACCGGCAGAUCCGCACCAGCAAGGGAUCGGUGGAGCUGGGAGACUCGUCCUCGUCGCACCAAACCAGGACAGAAAAGCCGAAGCCCCAGCACGCCGCAGGGGAUUUCGGUCAAACUCUCAGAUUUCCGAUCGACCGAUCUAUAAACGAAUUCUUCCACAGCAUGGCUGAAGUUUCAGAUGUUAAGCUUUCUCCGACACCAGAGAGCGGGUGCUCAGCCGCGCGAGUUCGACCCCUGAACAGCUGUAAAAGACGACGCCUCAUCCAACCCGGCACGCUUCAGAACCUCAACAGCAAGGUCCAGAAAGUGUGUUCCCCAGCGAGUCCGUGUGAUGUGAACAGCGCGUGUGUGAUGUGUGGGGGCGGUCAGCUCCACCCUAAGGCUGAGCUACAGUUUGAGCGCCCUCUGGUGGACAAUGUGGCAGUGCAGGAUCCCGGAGUCCAUCCUACACUGUCUCUGCAGUCAGACAUUCCUGUCAGUGUACAGCUCCAGAGAAUGCUGAAGUCUCACUGGCAGAGCCGGCACAUGGAGAAAGUCCGGCCUCUGAAGAAGCUGUCGCUUAAACACAAGCUCUCGCACUACUCCUCCUCCUCGUCCUCAUCCUCAUCUGCACUAUCCAAGCACAAGUUCAGGCUUUCCAACUCGCCCAUGGCUGCCAUCAGUAAGUGGUUCCCCAGCCAUAAGAACCGAUCAGAGAGGGCACGGAAACCGGUCGAGGCAGGGAUCCGCUUGACUAAGGUCGACGCACACACCCCCUGCAGGACGGGGCGGCUUCUCGACAGGAGCCUCAGCCGGAAGAGGGUCAGGGAGAACUCGCUGGACCGGACGGAGUCGCCAAAGCUGCAGUUUGAUGCAGGAAGCCCUUAUCAACCUCCUCAGUCCAGCAUCCAGCCGUCCACCCCCAACACCGUCAGCAGACAGAUGUGCCUGCCCAGUGACAGCUCCACACCUCUGGGCCCCAGCAGUCAGACUGGCUCCUGCUCCAUGCCGAUGAGAAAGCGGAGAAGCGAAAACUCGUUUGACAUCAACAACAUCGUCAUCCCCAUGUCUGUGGCAGCGACUACCAGAGUGGAGAAGCUUCAAUACAAGGAGAUCAUCACACCAAGCUGGAGGGAGUUGGGAGCGUUCCCUCAGCAUCUUGCUGCAGUGGGCGUGAACGUAGAGGUUGAGGACUUGUCAGAUGCUGCUUGCAUGCUGCGUCAUCAGAAGUGCGAGGACCAGGAGCGCAAUCGCUGGAGAUGGACGGCCCUUACGCCAGCCAAGAGGAGAGGCAGCAGGUCAUACAAGUCCGUGGAUGGCAGGACAACUCCGUCCCUAAUCGGAACAAACCCAUCCACGCCGCAGCCAUCGUCUCCGGACACGGGACACUUCCACCUGCUGCAGGACUACGGGCCCAUUCCGUCACCCCUCAGCCCCCCCAGCCCUGACACACCCUGCUCUCGUGAUGCGCACACACCCUCUUCGAGGGACUCGUACACACCUCACACGAGAGACGCGCACCGGCCGGUGUACAGCGAGGACACGCGUUGUUCAACACCAGACUGCACCUACGAGGAGAGAACUGUGCAGCCGUGGGAGCACAGGAUCUUCCCCCUCUCUGAAGACCCAGUGCUGGAGGCCAAAGAGGACCCGCAACCCCAUCCGAGGUUCAGCUGCGGCGCCGAAUCAGAGAGCGAAACCUCUUCGACCUAGAGAGUCUCCAGCACAAAACCCCGCCCACGCCGUGGGGUCCAUGAAACCACACCCCUUCUGGCAUUAAGACGAAACGAAUAAAGAACUCGUAUUAAAACAAACCAAUAAAUAAAUUAAAGAACUUCUGUUGUUUGAUAUUCAAACAUCAGCCAAAUAUUUUCACAGUUUUUAGUGAAUAUUAAGGAACAUAGAAAUUAAAACCUGUCUCAUGAA